GGUGGAAGAACAGUUCCAUGGAGUUUUCUGCACAUCUUGCUCUGACGCAAUUUUAACCUCGCCACAAAGCAGCAUGCGAACAUGGCGAACAUUAGAAGUAUCAAGGGCAUGGUGGGCUUGGUCACAGGAGGUGCUUCGGGUUUGGGGAGAGCCACAGUGGAGCGGUUGAUCAGCCAAGGUGCGAGCGCUGUGGUUCUGGACCUGCCCAGCUCAGACGGGCACAAUCUGGCCACAACUCUUGGGGACCGCUGUGCUUUUGCUCCAGCCGAUGUAACGUCAGAGUCAGACGUGAUGUCAGCUGUAGCUUUGGCCAAAGAGAAGUUUGGCCGACUGGAUUUGGCAGUGAACUGUGCCGGCAUUGCUGUAGCUUUUAAAACGUACAACUUUAAAAGGGACCUCCCUCACAGCCUGGAGGACUUCAGCCGGGUCAUCACCGUGAACAUUGCUGGUACCUUUAAUGUAAUAAGGCUAGCUGCAGGGGAGAUGGGUAAGAAUGAGCCAGACGCCGAUGGACACCGUGGCUGCGUUAUCAACACGGCCAGCGUGGCCGCAUUCGAUGGGCAGGUGGGCCAGGCUGCAUAUUCUGCCUCUAAAGGUGGCAUUGUGGGAAUGACACUUCCCAUCGCUCGAGACCUUGCUCCCAUGGGUAUCCGUGUUGUCACCAUAGCCCCAGGUUUGUUCUCCACGCCGCUGCUGGCAGGACUGCCUGAGAAGGUGCGCAGCUUCCUGGCUCGCCAAGUGCCCUUCCCCUCGCGCCUGGGCAACCCUGCCGAAUUUGCCCACCUCGUGACCUCCAUUGCGGAAAAUCCCAUGAUCAACGGCGAGGUGAUUCGUCUGGAUGGAGCCAUCCGGAUGCAGCCCUGAGGGGAGGGGGAGGGGGGAUGGGAGGAUGGAUGGAUGGAUGGAUGGAUGUGUGCCUGUGUUGAAAUAAAGUCAACAGAAUGGAACCAGAUGUGCAAACAUGUUUCAAUGAGAGUGCAGUUUUUACUGCUCAGGACAGCUCUGCCUAAAAAGGUGUAACUGGUUGUGGUUUGUUUUUAAAUCUAUAGGUGCGUUUUGUUUUUGUUUUCUUUUUCUUUUUAAACACUCUAGCUCUGAUGUUUUAGUACUGAGCAUGCAUAUGCUGUACUGUAAGGCAGUGGGACAUUGGUGCGUACGUUUGUGUCACACUUAGGUUACAUCUUCCUCUGACUUGUUGAACCAUUUGAGCUGAUGUUCAAGCCAGAACCUGAUUCAAUCCUGUCCUGAGAAUUCCUGAACUUGAGAGAUCUUCAUCUUACUGAAACUUAUAAUUUAUGAAUGCUUCCGUUUGUCUUGAGUCCCUUUUGAGAUGUUUUAAUUCAUUAAAUGCACAUCUGGGUAGAAAGCUAUAAAGUGUGCUUGUGUGCCAUCACAGAGAACACCUGAAGGGGAAAUAAAACACUACAAUGGACUUUUAGGUGAAAAUGUU